AUGAUCCAGAAACUGGCAAUAUUUUCCAUUCUCAUCUUAUCUGCGACCUGCAUGGUGCUGCACCAAACGCCACUGUACCUGCCGAUCCAGUAUCAAGAGCGGACACCUAGUUACAACUUCGCUUAUGAAGUGAACGACCCUCACACUGGAGACUUCAAGAGGCAACAGGAGAAUCGGCGAGGAGACGUCGUGUUGGGUCAUUAUUCUCUUCUGCAGCCUGACGGAGUAACAAGGACAGUAGAUUACAGAGCUGAUGACCAUACUGGAUUUAAUGCGGUAGUGAACAACAUAGGUAGACUUAACAAUGGCCCUUCCGAUAGACAAGAGGCUGCUAAUGAUGGAUCUGGAAGACAGCCCGAUGAGAGGCCUCCAGCCGAACAACCGAGGCAUAGUCCUAACGAACAACAGGUGACUCCGACGCCCUUGGCCAUUACACACACUUCCAUUAUCCACCAGAUCCUACACAGACGGUCAUAG